UCCUCUGGUACCAAUUAUGGGCAGCCGACAUCGAUAAUUUUGGUGACGUUGUGCUCGGACGGAGCGAUCGGGAAUUUUUCACUGAAGGAAAAUUUAUUACAUGUCUGUUUUGAAAAUGGGAUUGUCAGGAGGCAACCAGAGGGGAACCGUUUGUUCGGUCGGUUUGGAAAACUCAGUGUGAAAAGGCUUCAGACAGGCUAGCACAGCCAGACACAACAACAUGGCAAAAAUCUGCAGUGAAAACUCCUUUUCAACCAGACAGCGGUUGCCCACCAACACACCUGAUGAGCUGGCAGUCAUUGAAAAUGGAGACAGCAGAGCUCACUCUCUUUGUGAAGACAACUCCGAGAGAGCGCUGUCUUCUGAGUCCCACAGAGACUCAUUCACAGGUGCUGGGGCAAUGGCCAGGCUCUCUUACUUCUUCUUCAUGCUGCGAAACUGGGCAACUCACAGAAUGAACCCAGAGGCAGAGAGGCAUGACUCAUUCCUGGAGCGCUUCAGAGGGCCUGAGCUCAAAGAAGUUACCAGUCGAGAGAGCAAUGCCCAGUCUGUGGGUUACAACGACACACUCCAUAAAAGAAAUCUUGCCAGUAAGUUCCCGCUAGCAAUGUACAACAUGAAUAACUGCAACAACACAGACGACAAGAAAGAGGACAAAAAAGAGGGGAUUAAAAAAGAUGAGAAAAAGGAAGAGGAGAAAAAAGAUGAGAAAAAGGAGGAGGAGAAAAAAGAUGAGAAAAAGGAGGAGAAGAAAGACGGGGACAAGAAGGAAGAGGAAAAGAAGGACGAGAAGAAGGAUGAGAAAAAGGAUGAUAAGAAAGAUGAUAAGAAAGAUGAUAAGAAGGACGAUAAAAAGAAGGAGGAGCCCCCGAAAGAAAUCUGGAUUAUGGAUCCAGCUACAGAUCAAUACUACAGGUGGCUGACCAUCAUUGCAGGCCCAGUGUUUUAUAACCUGAUGAUGAUUGUAACAAGAGCCUGUUUUAAUGAACUCCAGAACUCCUAUACAAAGCUCUGGAUAUUCUUGGACUACACCUCAGACUUCAUCUACUACACAGACACAUUUGUCAGAUCAAGAACAGGGUACUUGGAACAAGGCCUGCUGGUAAAAGAUGCCAAGAAACUGAGAAGUAAAUACAGAACAACAUCUCAGUUCAAGUACGAUAUGAUUUCAAUGAUACCCACUGAUCUGCUGUUUCUGAAAUAUGGAUUCAACAACCCAGAAUUUAGAUUCAACCGUCUUUGCAAAAUGUCAAGGCUUUUUGAGUUCUUUGAACGGACUGAAACCAGAACCAGCUUCCCGAACAUGUUUCGAAUCAGCAAUCUCGUACUUUAUAUCCUUGUUAUUAUCCACUGGAAUGCUUGCAUGUUCUUUGCCAUUUCAAAAACCAUUGGUUUUGGGUCUGACACUUGGGUGUAUCCAAAUAUCAGCCACCCAGAGCAUGGCCGCUUGGCCAGAAAGUAUAUUUAUUCCCUAUACUGGUCUACACUUACCCUCACCACCAUCGGAGAGACCCCUCCACCAGUCAGGGAUGUUGAAUACCUCUUCGUCAUUGCAGACUUCCUCACUGGUGUCUUGAUCUUUGCUAGUAUCGUUGGUAACGUUGGUGCGAUGAUCUCUAACAUGAAUGCUUCUCGUGCUGAGUUCCAGGCAAAGAUUGACUCUAUAAAGCAGUACAUGCAGUUUCGAAAGGUCACCAAAGACCUGGAGGCCAGGGUCAUCAAAUGGUUUGACUACCUCUGGACUGAGAAGAAGACCUGUGAUGAGAAGGAAGUCUUGAAGAAUCUCCCUGACAAGCUCAAGGCUGAGAUUGCUAUCAAUGUCCAUUUGGAUACGUUGAAAAAAGUGCGUAUUUUCCAGGAUUGCGAAGCUGGUCUCCUGAUUGAAUUGGUGCUCAAGCUGCAACCACAGGUGUUCAGUCCUGGAGAUUACAUCUGUAAGAAGGGAGAUAUUGGCAGGGAGAUGUACAUCAUCAAGGAAGGGAAGCUGGCUGUGGUGGCUGAUGAUGGAGUCACUCAGUUUGUAGUGCUCAGUGAUGGUGCAUACUUUGGGGAAAUUAGUAUCUUAGGAAUCAAGGGCAGUAAGGCAGGAAACAGGAGAACUGCCAACAUUAGAAGUGUAGGUUAUUCUGAUCUCUUUGCACUGUCCAAAGAUGACUUGAUGGAAGCACUCACUGAGUAUCCAGAAGCCAAGAAGGCAUUGGAGGAGAAGGGUAAAGCCAUCCUGAUGAAAGACAACCUGAUUGAUGAGGCAGUUGCCAAUGCCGGUGCUGACCCCAAAGACCUGGAGGAAAAGAUCAUAAAAUUGCAGAACAACCUGGACGUAAUGCAGACCAAGUUUUCCCAGCUGAUGGCAGAGUUCACCUCCAGCCAGACAAGGAUGAAGCAGAGGGUCACUGAGAUGGAAGCCAAAGUGAAAUCCAUACGACCAGAGGACCUGUCUGAAGUGGUGGCUGACAAAGACAAAAAAGUCCAGUAAUCUGAAAGAUACCUGAGGACUUUACAGCAAAUGAAGAGAUUUUUCAUUAAGAAUAGUACUGUGACACUUUUUAAAAGCCCAUGUUUAUAUCUAUUUAUACAUCACGUUCAUUAUCAUCAUACUAUGUCCAAUUGUGUACAGUGUAUGCAGCAAAUAUAUAUUUUUGUGUGCAUGCUAUGGUUGACAUCCAGUUUCAUGUUGUCAUGAAACUACUUUAGUAUGUUGAUCAGAGGUACAGAGGUAUGUAUGCAAAAAAAUGGCUUGUCAUAGCUGUAGAAUAAUGAGGAAUGUUUUCUUUUCCUGAUCAAUAUUGACAAUUUCCCCUGAAAAAAGUUUCUUAAGUAUGAAUUGAACACAAUAUUGCAACAGCAAUAUCCAUUUGAUGCUGUAUAUAAAUGUACAAAAUAAACUCAAAUGCCAGUUCUGUUUAUAAGUUGUUAUCGGCAUACAUUAUCAGUUGUAAAUCUGCAAUGUUAAAUGUCAAUAAACAUUAAAAUGUUCAUGUAACAUAUAUAAAAUACUGUAGGUUUUUUUAGGCAAUCUUGUCUGCAGCAAUGUGAGCACACUGACACGUUGUUCCCAUUUUAAAGUUGAUAUGGUGAACUUAGUAGCAAACAUUGGCCUGGUUGUACAUCUAGCAACAUUAACAUUCAUUUGGAGAUGUGUUUCUGGCCACCUGAUGAAUAGAAAUCCAAUAUUGAUCUCCUUUUAGCUCUGUUUUGGUUUGGCUUUUUAGCCGCUAAAUGCCCCAUUAAGUUUCACCAGAUAAUAUUGUGCUCUUUGGUGCUGAGCAGGUAAGGCUGAUGCCACCAAAAACUACACUACGAGAGUGGUGAGAGUGAAACCAAACAAUGAAGCUGUGAGCCAGAAAAUCAUAACAAUGACUUGAAAACUCUGUAGAGAUGAGAACUGCAGAGUCCAGUGAUAAUUCUCUGUGGGUUUGUCACUAAGAUCGACCU